AUGUAUACCAACCGGAAAUCGUUCAUCAUCAAGCUACUGGUGGGCAGCUGCGCCCUAUACUUGUUCAUCCACGUGUUCACCAACACGGCGGUACCGGUCAUCAGGGAGAUGCAGGAGUCAGGCAGGAACCUAGCUGCUCUCGGUACUGACAAUCUGGAAGUACCCGCCGUCCUUGACGAAGACAGCGCCAAGGAAGUAGUGGCGGCCAAAGACUUACUGGAAUCAGAACAAGUUCCAGACAAAACUGAACCGGAAGAAGCUCCGCCUUCUUCUAAAGCUGUUCCUACUGUGUUAGAUAGAGUACGGGAAGUCACUAAUUGCGUAGACAAACCUCUGGUGCCAAAGAUACAACAACGAGGCGACUAUUGGGUACUUUAUAAUUACAUCCCGGCUGAAGUCAAUCACAGAUGUCACGAAAGCAUCACGUACACAACCCACGCGGAUUAUUCCUUCAUGGACAACUUAGUGCCAUUGUUGGAGCGGUGGAACGGACCUAUAAGUAUAGCUCUUCACGCUCCAGGAACUGAUUUUGAAAAUACUCUCGACUCCAUAGGGUACCUUAGGGAUUGCACCACGCCCAUGGUUAAGCAGUUGGUGACCUUCCAUAUUUAUUUUAGUACGAAACAUGUUCCCAAAGAGGUUCCUAAACACGACAACGUGUUCAUUGAAACGUACAACUGCUCGGUGGUACCACCCUUCCUCAACGUUUCCAGCGAAAAUAUGUACAAAGCUCAGAAAAAGUUGUUGUAUCCGGUGAAUGUGGGUCGAAACGUCGCUCGAGAAACUGCGCAGACUCACUUCAUCCUUCCCUCGGAUAUUGAACUGUAUCCUAGUCCAAGUGUGAUAGAGAAGUUCCUAGCUAUGAUUGCCGAAAACAGUGGUCCACUUCAGAACAAAAACUCUAAAGUAUACCCUCUGACUAUUUUCGAAGUGAGUGCCAACCAGCAAGUACCGGAGAACAAGACUCAGCUGCGCGAGAUGCUGGCCAACGGUACUGCCAUACCCUUCCACAAAAAGCUGUGUCCCGGAUGCCAUACGGUGCCGAAAGCCAAGGAAUGGCAAUCGGCGAACGAGACCCAAGGACUGCACGUUUUCCACGUGGGCAAAAGGAAUGGGAAGUUCGUCCAUUGGGAACCUAUCUUCAUAGGUACUCACGCGGAUCCGUUGUACGACGAAAGGCUUAGUUGGGAAGGGAAGAUGGAUAAAAUGACACAGGGUUAUGCUUUGUGCGUGUUGGACUACGACUUCAUGAUCCUGGACAACGCGUUCCUGGUCCACAAACCGGGCAUAAAGAUCUACAAGAAGGACCCCAGACGAGCGAUGCUGGCGGGCAAGACCCACCAGCUCAUCAACAAGAUCAUAUUCCCCGAGCUCAAAGUCCUAUACGGAGUUCGCAAAGGCUGUGCUGUGUGA